UAGCCAUCGCCGCCUACUCCUCUCUCGCUUUCUUCUUCUAUUAAUCGUUAGCUCGUAGAAAUUCACGAUGGUCACAACGAGGCGCUCUCAGGGAUCUCCAUCAGAACGUCAAAAAUGGGACAAAAUAUUCAACGGCUUGGUGAAGAUGUUGAAGUCCCAGGAACAACAGCUUGAAACACUCGUCAAAGAGAGGAAGAUUCUCCAAGAUCGCAUCAAAAUGCAACACGAUCAACUAGUUUCUAAUAUUCGAUUUUACGAAGAUCGUAUCUCCCAAAUGAAGGAGGAUUUAGUGGAGAAAGAUAGAGUGCAUAUGCUUGAUGCGGCAAAAGCGGAUUUGAUAUUAGCUGUGAAGCAGAGAGAGACUGCUAUUCACAAAUUGAAUUUGGGGGAUAAAGAUGAUGAGUUGGCAGAUUUCAAAUCUUGUUUUGACUACCUCUCUGAGUCCAUAAGGGAUAAUUCUUCAAGAAACUCCUCAAAACCUGACAAAAGAAAAUCUGGAAACAGAGAUACUGACAAGGAUGUUGGUUCUAGGAUGCUGGAUGGUGAAGUACGAAGGCUGAAGCAUGAUUAUGAGAAGCUAGCUUCAGAAAAGAGUUCUGAGAUAUCUGCUUUAUUGGCUGAGAAGAAAUUUGUUUGGAAUCAAUAUAAUCUCAUGGAACAAAAUCUCACCAAUCGACUAGAGAGUAAACAUUCUGAUCUUGAACGAGCAAAUGGGAAGAUUGUGCAACUUCUUGGCAGUAUGGAGCAACUUCAAUCCUCUAAUGAUGAGAAAAAUGAAUUGAUUGCAAGACUCAAUGCUAAAGUAGCUGGGUUAGAGACUGACGCAAAUAAGUCAGUGGAACAAAUUUCUAAACUUUCUCAGGAUUUGGAGUUUUUAAGAAAAUGUAGAAGCACUUCAAGUACACCUGCUUUAAAGCGUUGCACGAGAGGGGGAACUUCUAUGAUAGGAGACAAGAACCAUGGUAGAGAUGGGAGUAAUAUCAUUAUGAAGAAAGAAGUGUCUGCUGCGAGUGACAUUGGAAAGGAAAGCAGAAGUUUAAAAAGAAAAGGAGUUGACAGUGUGCCCAUUUCCAAGUGUCCGAAGUUGUUCACUUCUGGUUUUAAAGUUCCCAAAUUGAAGAACUCGCCUUCAAACUACAGAUGACUCCUACUCCACAACAUGAAGCAUUUCUUGUGUGUAUUUUUUUUGGGGGGUUCCCUUUUAUGUUUUCUUGUAUUCUUAUGGGCUUCAUGUUAGCCUGUUAGGUAUAGUAGCUUGGAGCAAAUUAGUGUAAGCCCUCAUUGUAGUGUGAUCUAGUUCUAGGUUUUCUAAAUUAAAUCUGCUAGAAAAUUGUAGCAUGUGCUAGUUUCAGGCUGUUGAAAUCAUUCGAGCAAGACAUUGUAAAAUAUAACUCUAUUGUGACUGAAUGAAGCUUGUUUAUUCUCUCA